UUAUUUUUCAGCCGCACAAUAAGCCCUUUCAACAUUUUCACUAAGAUGGCCUUUGCCAGAAGGACCAAACCCCUACUCGGCUCCCAUAGAAUGGUCAAGAACAACGUGCUUACUCAAAAUGAGCUAGAGACCCUCUUUGAUCCAAAGUUCAUCACAGAGGCAAUUAAGGAGCGUACACAAUAUAAAGAGAUCGUAAAAGAUGAUGAAAGAACUUUCCAAGAUAUCGAACGUAAAACUACAAGUAUGAUAGCCAACGAUGAGUCUGGCAAGCAAAUCCAGGUGGAUUACAAGCUAAAAUAACUUAAAUUUCUCUGAAACCGAGAAAAUAUAUCUCUUAGAGAAAGAGUUAGCCUCAAAGCUUAGCAAAGCUCAUACUUAUCAGCAGGUUUUAAAUACUUGUGACACUCAUAUGUUCUCUUUGACACCAAAUUUGGCUGUUGCUGCUUACUACAAACUCGCAAUGCUCAUCAAGCCCAAUCUAGUCAAAGGCAGAAACGAUCAAUACAAAAUGAGAGGGAGGGAAGAUAAGUUUUUCAGCAACCCAAAGAUGAGGCAGAUUUCAAAACUUCUCUAUGACAACCUAGACACUUUUCCUCAAGAGCAGAGAGUCAUCAUCCUCUGGUCCACAGUCAAGAUGAGAUUCCCGAUGAAUAGAAUGAUUGAUAAAUGCAUUCAGAGCAUAUUUGCAGAUGAUAUCUCAAUGCUGGCUCCACAUCAAGUUUCGAUGCUUGCUUGGGCCAUGGCUAGAACUGGGUACACACAUCAAGCAUAUGUCAAUACUCUUAUCCAUGCGACAGACUCUAUUUGUAACCAUUGUAGCAAUAUUUGGAGGCUCCAAAAGAUCAACGAUGAGGAUGAGGAAAUGAAGCACAAGUUAGACACUUUAACUGAUGGCACUCCCGAAGAGAGCCCUUAUACCUUCGAAAACAUGUAUCAAGACAUCAAUCCUAGGACUAUAGCCAACCUUUACUGGAGCUUGGCCCAGCUCAAGGUCCACAAAGGUAAUCCGAUCUACUUCAAAAUUGAGAGAAUAGCAUCAGAUUAUCUUGAAUACUUCAAUGAUCCAAAAUACAUAUUCGAUCUUCAUUCUUUCUGUAACAUUCUCAACGCAAAAGUUUCAGUGCUGAAGAUGAACAAAAUUGGUGGGAUCUUAAAAUAACUUCGAGAAACAUCUUGAAAUGAACGAGUUCACUCCAGAUGAUCUCCUAUCACUGAAGAUUAUUAUUUAUAAUAUUGGUAAAAACAAGAAGUUAGAGAAAGAAUACCAGAAAGAACUCGUCCUAAAGCUGGUUCAUAAAUAUCUCGAGUUUUCUGGAAUUAGAGCCAACUGGCCUCUUGUGACACCUCGUGCUGUCACUGAACUGUUUUACACCAUGGUGAAGAUAAAGAUGUACAAUGAGAUAGACACUUAUGCCAAACUUUUUAAACAUAUCAGGCCGAAUAUAAAUAAGCUCAACAACCAGGACUUGUCUUUGCUCAUCUGGGGGUUGUCUAAAACAUUCGCUUAUCAUUUCAACAACAAGAGCUUAGGCCAGCUUGCUCAUCCUAACUUCGGAAUUGAGAAAUCAAUCUCCCUCCUAGAACAAAGAGUAAGAACAAAGCUUAAGACCAUGGAUCAAAGGAGUGCAAAAAUGAUCUAUAACUGCUUAAUCCAGUGGAAAAAGUACCAGAACGUCUGAGCCAGUCUCAAGAAGAUCUUUGAGCCUAAUGAGAAGAAAUAAAUCAAUUUACUUGCUGUUUCAAUUG